GUAAGUUUAAUCCAGGCAACGGUCAGAGCUGGGAAGUGAAUAUGAGGUUGCUCUUUUGCUAACAUGCAGUAGUAUUCAGUAGAAUAUUCAGCAGCCAGUGCAACUGUCAAGGCGGACUCAGAAGGGGAGAUGAAAACCUCCUGGAACUGUGUGUUCAUGUUUUAUUCUCUCCAUCUCUUUGUGUGGAUCUAUACGUUUCCACUCUUAAAGCUUGGCGGCAAGAGAUGUUAUCUCUAGCACUGAGCUCAGCUUUAAAAGGAAAUUGCAAGUCUCUAAAUCUGCCUGGCAGCCUCUGAUGAGCUUCUGAUUAAUAGAUAAAGCGAGAGGACACCCAGAUAAAUGAAGGAAAUACUUGCAGAGGGAAAUUCAUACAAGCUCUUUUUGGACUCAGGUUUUUAAAAGAUUUUGCUUUUUCUUUUAUAGCUUUGUACUGGACUUGUGUCUUAUGUAUAUGAAGUCUGCAGUGAUUGCACAUUUGUUUCUCACAACAGCUGAGGCAGAGAUGCUGUAAUUUUGUGCUUGGAUUUGGACUUCCUUUGAGAGGAUUUUGUUUUCACCUUAUCAGCGGUCCUUCACUGUUUGAAUACAUUCUAAUCUGCCCUCCCACCUGUCUGCCCCUCUUUCUUUAUUUUACUGAACAUUGUGAGCUGGUCAGUCACUGGGCAGUGAUUUCUAAUAGAGGCACAGUGUGUGAGGCUGAAUUUGGAGUAGUUGAUCGUCUAACAGACUGAACUGUCUCACGCUCUUCAGAAGAUCCUCAGACUUUACACCUCUGGGAGUUUGCCGUACCUGAUUUAGCCAGAGGAGAGUUUAGAAUAUCUGUGCUUGGGACAGCCGGCCAAAAGCCAGGAUGCAGGUGUCAUUAGUGUGCACGGACCACCGUGGGGGGGUGAGCCGCACCACAGAGGACCGGCUAAAUCGUCAGAAUGCCAACAGCCCCAACACAGGCACCCGCAGCAAGUUCAGAGCAGUGGCGAUGGUGGCUCGCAGUCUUGGACAGCUCUCUGUUCAGAGUGUUCCUUCCUCCAGCGAGCAAAGCAUGAGGACUGGCAUGAAAUAUAGAAACCUUGGAAAGUCUGGCCUGCGGGUGUCCUGCCUUGGAUUAGGAACAUGGGUGACGUUUGGUGGACAGAUAACGGAUGAGAUGGCAGAGCAGCUGAUGACUCUGGCCUAUGAAAAUGGCAUCAAUCUGUUUGACACAGCAGAGGUCUACGCUGCUGGGAAGGCAGAGGUGGUGCUCGGAAACAUCAUAAAGAAGAAAGGAUGGAGACGUUCAACUCUGGUGAUAACAACAAAGAUCUUCUGGGGUGGAAAAGCGGAGACCGAAAGAGGUUUAUCCCGAAAACACAUUAUAGAAGGUUUAAAAGCCUCUCUAGAAAGACUGCAAUUAGACUACGUGGAUGUGGUUUUUGCGAACAGACCGGACCCUAAUACACCUAUGGAAGAAACGGUUCGAGCAAUGACCCAUGUGAUAAACCAAGGCAUGGCCAUGUACUGGGGAACAUCCCGCUGGAGCCCAAUGGAGAUAAUGGAAGCGUACUCUGUGGCGCGACAAUUCAACCAGAUUCCUCCCAUCUGUGAGCAAGCUGAGUACCACAUGUUCCAGAGAGAGAAGGUGGAGGUUCAGCUACCUGAGCUCUUCCAUAAGAUAGGUGUGGGGGCCAUGACGUGGUCACCGCUGGCCUGUGGGAUUAUCUCAGGGAAAUACGAUGGCAGGGUGCCUCCCUACUCUCGGGCCUCUCUGAAGGGUUACCAGUGGUUGAAGGACAAGAUCUUGAGCGAGGAGGGCCGGCGUCAGCAGGCGAAGUUGAAAGAGCUGCAGGCAAUCGCGGAGCGGCUGGGCUGCACUCUGCCCCAACUCGCCAUCGCGUGGUGCCUACGGAACGAGGGGGUGAGCUCUGUCCUUUUAGGGGCGUCCAACACCGACCAGCUGAUGGAGAACAUAGGAGCAAUACAGGUUCUUCCAAAGUUGUCAUCGUCCAUUACACACGAGGUGGACAGCAUCCUGGGGAACAAGCCGUACAGUAAAAAGGACUACCGCUCCUAACGCGCAGCACGGCCCCCGCCCGGCAGGCCUGCACCCGGGCUGCAGCCGCAGUGCCCCACCUUUGCCUGAUCCUCUGUUUGCUUGAGCUUUUACUGAGUGAGACCCUGGCGCAUGAGUCUGGCCACACCAAGGCCACCCAGGGCACCUCAUUUAGAGUCACGGGGAUAAGAUUAAGAAAAGGGGGAAAAAAAUACAGUCACCCCCACAGGAAAGGAAGGGAUUGACUAAGAAAGACAUAAGUGGAAGAGAGGUUAGGGAUAUGCGCUCAUACUUAAAUCAGUUAUACAUUCAAUUCAGCUGAACGUAUUUUAAAACCGUAGAGAAAAAUCUUUAUAAAAAAAUAAGCACACGCUUGCUUGGCCGCCAGAUUUCUUUUUUAGCUUUUUUUUUCUUUCCUAAAACUGAAUGCAACUAAAAGGAAGAUUAAGUGCAUACUGUAUGAAUAUACGAGAACUAUUCUGUUGCACAUGCACCAUAGCCAUGCAUUUGUUCCUUGGACGUUCUGUUUACAAACACCUGUGUACUGUAUGAGUCCGUCAAGGUUUCUCUGAAAAACUGUUUGUUUGUGUUGUCGACAUUAUCAGUGUACAAGCCUUCUCGUGGGCUUUAAACAAUCAGCACUUUAGUAUUGUCAGUAUAGGUGUUGGAGGGUAGUUGUAAGGAGGAUGGGUAUUACAAUAGUCUUUAAUCUCACAGCCAUUGUACUAUAGAAUCAUAUCGCCUCCUGAUAAUUCCCUCUCCUCAUCCUCCCUCUGCAUCUUCACUGGCAGUACGUUUGUCCAGCCCGAUGCUCCGACGCUCCUGCUGUCUAAGCGUGGCGGCCUAGAUGUGGGGAGGGGAACAACCGCCCCUCCUCCGUCCUGUGAACCGUCCGUUACGAAGAGUCAGGAGCAUAGGCCGAUGUGUCAGGGCAUCUCGUCUGCCACUGAAGAGAUUAGCUAUUCAUUCAUCCCUAACAGUAGGAACUGCAGUCGUGUAAAAUGAAAAGCAGAGUCGUACUUCACUGUGUUACCCAGCCUCUGUUCUCUGUUUUCAGGCUGAGGAUCUACUGUACAGGAAGUGGUCGUAUCAGUGCUGGCUCCACAUCUCAUGGAAACUUCUCCUUGAUCAAAUUUUGUUCAAGUAUUUUGCCUUAUUUACAGUUGCAUCAGACUGUGCAGUGGGCGCUGGCGUAGACGAGCAGCUCGACAGCUGCCCCUCUGGCCGACUUGUCUCAUGUCCCCCAGUAUAUACGGGAACGCUGACUGGUGGAAGUGGUGUUUGUUGCGAGGAGAGGCGGUGUGUGUCCAGUUAAUCAGUGAGUGGCAGCAGCUCAGGGAACAGAGCAGGUGGUUUUAGUCGUGUGUUGGCGUGCACAUGGUCAGGAGGUUAUAUUUACUCGUCUGUCUUUCUUUCAUGUGUGGACACUGGGGAGGACCAGUGACAUUUUAGCGUGGCUUAAGCCAAAGAUCUUCUUCUUCUUCAUAUCUCUUUGACAACACACCCCCGAGCGUUUCACUCUCACUUCCUGUAGAACUCAUCUUGAUGCAUGUGCUGUCCAGCUUGUUAUCUAUCUAUAGUAUGGACUUUACUCCAUAUAUAUCUUUACUUGACAAUGCUGUUAUACUAGUUAACAAAUACGUCCUUCAGAUACAGAAUGCAUAGUACAGCUACUUGCUUUAGGAUCAGUAAGGUUUGUUUCAGGCGACGACAUGUGUCAGAAAUAUUAUUGCAAAAUUUGACGCCACCCUAUAUCAUUCUUUCUCCUUUGGGUGCCCUCUUACUGUGAUUAAAGCACAAGUGGAUGGCAUGCAUUACAUCCUCAAAACAUGGGCCCUCUUCACCCAGCCUACAGCACCUGCGGGACAAGCAAGGUGAUGCUACUCCGCUUACUAACACGUGUAGAUAACAAAUCUUUACUAACAGCUAAUAAACUAUUGAUUCUUAGCAGAAAAAGUACAGAUGAAGAAAACUGUCACAUUAGUGCGAUUGAUGACAUGAAUGAGAUGCAGGUGCUUGUCGGUUAAAGUGGAGGUUAUAAUCAAAGUGAACGUUACUGUAAGGGAUUUGUGCGGAUGAGGUUUACAGUCUGCUUCGUUACUCCUCCUAGGUGAUUUUUAACAACAGCAAAAUGAUUUAAUGUCUCAGCUGUUAAGCCUGUGUGUAUGUGUGUUGGGGGGAAUCACUUCCUUUAGCGUGUUGUAUAAAUUGAUCCCUGUAUUCGUUUGAUUUGCUGUGUCUACGUGAAUAAAACUGGCACAAGCCAGAAGAAGAGGGGGGAAUAAAAAAAAGAUAAGCAAAGAACAUUUAGUUAAUUUAGUAUGUGGAGUCCCUUUGUCGUAAUAUUUUCAUCUGCAGGGAGUGGGGAGAAAGUGUGAGACUUAAAGGACAAGUUCGACAUUUUGGGAAAUAUACUUUCUUGCCGAGAGUUAAAAUAAAAAGAUUCAGGGGCGCCCCAUGUACUAAGGCUGAGUCCUUACUGCAGCGGCCCGGGCUGCAUGUUAUACUCUCUCUCUCCCUCUUUCCUGUCUAUCUUUGGCUGCGCCCAAAAAUAAUAAAAAACAAAUAAAAAGAUGGAUACCACACUCAUAUCUGCUAAAAACGUAGCUAACGUUACUGCCAGAAGCCGACUAACUUAGAAACUGCUAGUCUGGCUCUGUCCUAAGGUAACAAAAUCCACCUACCAGCUUCUCUAAAGCUCCCUAAUUAACAAGUUAUAUCUCGUUUGUUUAAUCCGUACAAAAACUUAAGUUACUGGUCCUAGCCAAGAAAUAGUCACCUGUUGUGUUGAAGUCUCUCCCCAUCGAUUUAUGUUUCCCCUUACUUAAACCUGAACCCAGUCGAAUUCCUAACCCCAACAAAUCAUUUUCUGCUAUGCUUAACCUCGACCAAACGGCAGUUAUCUCUGCGACACCUGACAGUGAAGACCCAUUGGCAGCGAACAAAUCGCAAUUUGCUCGCAUCCCAUAGAAAAAGAGGCAAACUUUGCACUGCCAUGUUCAGUAGGUCUUCGCUGUAACUCCAACCGCAAAGGACAGCGGUGCAGGAAACUGUUUGUAGGGAAACGCUAUUCGAAGGUGGAACAGACUUUGACACAAGACUUGUUCAUAACCCCCCGUAAAACGGCAAAUUGUUGCUUUUACACUUCGAUUUUUUGUACACAUUAAACAAAAAAGAUACCUCUUUAAUUAGAGUAGGUGGACUGUGUUACCUUUGAACAGAGCCAAGCUAGCCGUUUCCAGUCUUUAUGCUAAGCUAAGUUAGCCGGCUGCUGGCGGUAAUGUUAGCUUCAUAUUUAGACAUAUACAGACAUGAGGUAUCAAUCUUAUCUAACUCUCGGCAAGAGAGCGAAUAAGUGUAUUUCCCAAACUGUCAAACUUUAAAUGGUAUCGCUGUGCAUUUUAUUUUGAUCAUCAGUGUUAUUUCACACCGUGCUGACCUGCCCGACAAAGAUCGUGUGGUGUUUAAAAUGUUUCUGCACAUUGUAGAAAUAACUUUGUUUUAAGGCUGAAGUGUAGUUACCCGGUGCCCUCGCCUGUGUAGGAGAAAUUCAUGCUUUAAGUGGUCCCAGUUUCAUCAUAUUUGCUGUUCUAACAUUUUAAUGACUAGUUCAGAAAUGAAACCAGAGCCACACACAUGGAUAGAGCUUAUUUUACAGAAGGUUGUAGGUUAUACAGAGAAUAUAUUUUUGUUUUAGCUUUUAAUGCAGUAGAGAGAAUUAAAAGAACUGUUUAUUUUUUUCACCAUGCUGCAUUUUUCCUAUUAGUAUUCUAUCAAUUUUAAGACUGACAAAAAGAAGCAAUUUUCUUGUGUUGUGUAUGCAUUAUGAGGAACGCUCUGAAGUGAAUGCAAUGGUGGACUGAAUUCACUCUGAAGAUGAUGUAGUGAGAGCCUGGUAUCUCCUGUACAUAGUUUGACCUUUGUAUAUAUUUCUGGUUGUGAUCACCUCUGCCUUUUCUCUUUUCUUUUUUAAUUUUCUUUUGCAGGCGUUGCUGUCAGCACUGUGCUUGAAUCUGAAUUUAGACAGGAUGUACAGCUUUGAUCUUCAUUGAAAUAAUGAUAAAAUAAGAAUGGUAAACAAA